ACAGAUGCAGGAAAUUAUUCUUGCAGAGUAGAAAACGUACUGGGAACUGAUGAAAUAACAUACACUGUCACAGUGAAAACCCGAAGGAGUCAUGGUGCCCCACUCGCUCCAGUUGAUUUUAAAGUGUCUUCUGCUACGGAAACCAGCAUGUUACUCCAGUGGACAACACCCAGCAAUAGUAUAUAUGUGCCCGAAGGUUAUAGCUUACAUUUCAAACGAGAAUUUGGUGAAUGGGAAAAAAUGAUCCUGCAUGCUGAAGACAACCACUUUAAUCUAGAGAACCUCCAGUGUGGCUCCAAGUAUCAGCUUUAUAUUCAGGCUUUCAAUCAAGCUGGACACAGCAACCCCACAGAUACUCUGUUUGCUUACACACAAGGAAAAGCUCCAGUUGCUCCAAAAAAAGAUGAAUUUUUGGUAAUCAAUUCUACUUUUAUACAUCUAAAUGUAAGGACAUGGGACACUGGAGGAUGUCCCAUAACAACACUGGUAGUAGAAUAUAAACUGAAAUCUGACAAGAAAUGGACACUCGUCACGAAUAAUUUGAAGUACACAGAAGAGAAAUUUUCUAUUCUUGAUCUUAAUCCUGAGACAGAGUAUCAGCUGCGAAUUACUGCACACAAUAGUGCAGGCUCAACUGUAUCCCUGUAUGAUUUCAUAACAUCUUUCAGUGCAGGAGAAAUUGUUCAACCAGAGCUCAUUAGACAUAGAGGUUAUAGGAGUAAGAAUUUCUAUAAAGAACUUGGCGCCAUAAUCCCCAUCACUGUUGUGGCAUUAACUGGGGUUAUUUGUGGAAUAGGAAUGUUGCUGUAUUUUAGACGAAGGAAACAGAAUAACACAGGUGUCAAGUGUGAAGGCAUGAAUGUUCAUGAUACAAAUGCCACACCUGAAAACAAAGGAGAUUACUUGAGUAAUGACAUCCCACUGGACCAGAAGUCUGGACACUCUUCAGUGAUGCCAGAGAUAACUGCAAAAGUCAACCCAUAUGCUACAUUUAGACUAACAGAUGAAGAGAAAAUGGAUUCCUUGAUACCUGAUUAUGAAAGCUGCAGUGAAUACAUGAAGAUAAAAAAGAAAGUGGAGAGUGAAGCUGAGGACGUUGACUGGAUACCACUGCACAGUCUUUAUCAAGCUCACAGAUACUGAGUCUCAAACAUUCAC